AUGGGAGCAAUAGUGUCCAUUACAUUUAACAUUUUAGCAUUGAAGCUAUUGACGAGCUCAUUGACUGAACCUCUGGACAGGUCAGGUGUUAAUGGGAAGACCUAGUACAAACAAAUCUAACUGACAUAUAUAGAUUUAAAAUUCCAAGGCUUUUUCUUAAUGCCCUGUGAUAUACUACACUAUGUGUGUAUAUUUGAGUUCUGUUUGGAUUUAAUCAGUCAGGAUCAGGAGUGCUUUAAUGAUCACUUCGAGGAAAUAUUUAUUGCAAAUUAAAAAGAAAAACAAACUUACAUGUUAGAAAUUAAGAUGAAAUGCAAUUAAAUAAAAUCUGUAGAAAGUACAAUUCCAAAUAUAACAGUUCAGUAAAAGCUAAACUUGUAAUGUUGCAAGGUUAGCUGUUUUAAAAGUGUACUAAGCUAAACGUGACUUGGAGCAACCUGAUGAUGGUGGUCAUACCUGGUCUGAAGUUUUAUUAUAGAGGCAAAAGUUUUAAGCCAUCAUUGUAUUUUGUUUAAAAACUUAGAAUUAACUGUAGCAUUUUUUUUUAAAUAUACAAAUCCACAGAGAAAUAUAGUUAGGGCCACAUUGAGAAAAACUAAAUUCAUAAUUUUGAGAGAGUAAAGUCGAAAUUUCAAGUUUAAAGUCGAACAUCUAUUUUGAGAAAAAAGUCAAAAUGUGGACAUUACAGCUGUUGUUUCAAGACAAACUGCCACAGUUGCUGCACCAUCUGAGUUAGUGAAAUCAUACUUCAGAAUCAAUUUUAGUAACAAGGAAGGAAAUUUCUCUUUUAGCACAUAAACACAGUGUGGUGAUAAGUAUAAGAUGGUGCAGAAAGCUGCAUCUGGUCAGACGGAAAAACCACACAAACUUAGAAGAGUGGAUUUGUACAAAAUGGAAUAGCUGGUAAUGGACAGAUGCAAAGUUAUUGAUGGUUACAGCCUUGUGCAAUAUAGAGGAUGUAUGUUGUGUCACAAAAUGGCUGAUUAAUUGUUUCACUAAGUCAUCUACACAAGACAUUUUGUAGAGGAUAUAGCAGUGGUAGCAAUGUGUGUUGAAACAACAACUGUUAUCUGAACUGUUAUCUGAGCUAGCACUGGGGAGAUAGCCUUCAAACAUGCCUUCAAACAGAAGGCAAGUUUGAAGGCAUUUUUGAGACUCAAAAUGUGGUUUUAGUGUCAGGGUUACAAUUAGGUUAGGGUUAGGAAAAGCAUUAUGUCGAUGAGAUGUCCCCACAAGGAUAUGAAUACACGUGUGUGUGUGUGUAUAAGGGGAAAAAAAAUUUCAAAAUACACAUUCAAAUUUUUUUUUACACAUUCUCACUUUUUAUUACGCAGGCUCUUCCAUUUUGCAACAUGUUUGCCUUCACAGAUAUAUAAAGAGAUAAUAAAUAUUUCAAUAGAUAUCUAAAUUUAAACAAAUGAGUGGUGGCUCAAGACUUUUGCACAACAUAUUAAAUUAUGCCAUUCUAUGAGGGUUUAUGGCUCAUCGACAUAUAGUGUAUAGUGGUGUAUGAACAGUCCAUUACUGGCUACAUUAAUGACCCCUACAGUAUAGGGGUAUGUGUGUGUGUGUAGUUGUUGGCCCCACAAACACUGCUUAUGUAUAGAGUGCAGGGUCUUACACAGUCAGCAUUUUUGCCAUCUCUUCUUCAAAUAUGCUAAAUUUUAUUAAUACACGUAGUAGCUGUUUUCCAGUCUUACGUGCCAGAACACAUAAAGUAAUCAUGCAUUCAUGCAGUGCUUUUCUCUCAUAUGCUGUCUGUAGCAGCUGUAUUAUGUGUUUAACCUCUUCAUAUUUCAUAUGUAAUGUAGUUUUAUCAUUGUAAAAUUAUCCGCUCUGCUGCCAUUACUCUUAUCUGUAGUUGUGACUGAGCAGAUACUACCAACACCGCCUCUUUCAUGUGAAAACGUCCAAGUGAAACCCUGGGUUAACAAAGUGAGAGGAUAGCUAUGUUUGUGUGACCACUUGUCUUCACUGCAGAUAUCAGGCUAAGUAAACUUAGAUUACAGAACGACGUUGCUCACAGUACAGGACCCUGUACAAUUGUUAUAAAGGGGAAAACUGUCCAUGGAAACCAAAAUAGUUUUUUUGUGCCAGGCUUUAAACAUGCUAAACUUUUUUGCUGGGCAUUUUGACGUGGGAGUCUACGGAGACUGACUCACUUUUGGAAUCAUCCUCAGGGGGCCAUUUUUUUGUUUUUGUUGUGUUUGACACCUGAUCGUGCGCUCCAAAGGAGUGAAUAAUUUAUUAGCAUUUCCUUUCAGAAUUUGUAUUUUUCAUAGGAAGUCAGUUUUUUGCUUUGUUUGCUUUUCAGUAGGUAACUCUAUUUUUUCUGUUUUUAUUCUCUUUUCUGGUAAAUCUCUUAGCAUUCCUGACAGUGUGUGAGAAGAAAAAUGUGUGGGACAUUAUUCAUUUGUUCACAGUGGAUAAAAAAAAAAAACCUUUCAGUGAGCUAUCACUUUAAGAGGACAUUACAGACAAAUCCCCAGUCCCCUGUGUCUUGCUCAGACAUCUCCAGUGUGUGAGAGUCAGAGACAGUGGGUGAGAGCUGAGAAUAAAAGCAAGUUUCAUUGAGACGGAGCCAAGAGUCCAGUCAUUGGCAUGCUACUCUGGUUACCCGGUAGGCCUGCUGCUGGUUGACACAAUUCAGGAUCUUAUAAGAGAUGCAUCAAUAAAAGUUUUCGGCCGCAGAUUAUCAUGGGAAGUUCCGGCAUCUAUAAAGAUGUCACGUUGACUUUGAAGCAGCAGUGAGAAGAAAAAGAACAGCAGCCUUUUUCAUAUUUUGAAACGGCAGUUUUAUCUUCAGUUUCUGAGUCAGAUUUGGCAGAUUUUCUUGUAUGUCUCCGAACUUGGCUGUAUCGAGGACACUACUGUGGCUUGCUGACUGUCAAAGGAAUAAAGGCUUUGUGGGGAAACAAAAGAAAUACUUGAAUCUUCCACAGUGCUCGACAUUCCUGAACAGAGCAUAAUUCUUGUCCUCACAAAAGCAACACUGACUUCACAGGUAUAAAAAGCACAGCUUCACCUUCAGGAUGCUGGAUCUUAACUCUUCAGAUGACAGCAAGAAGAACUCUCUUAAGGACCCUGUGUGCUUGAACGUCGGUGGAGAAACCUAUACAACAACCGUAGACACUUUAACUCGCUGCCGUGACUCGAUGCUGGGUGCAAUGUUCACCGGACAAGUUCCUAUGCUUAGGGACAGCUGCGGCAACAUUUUCAUAGACCGCGACGGUAAAGUGUUUCGCUACAUUCUGAAUUACCUGCGCUCCGGCUCUUUGGAUCUGCCAUAUGGCUUCACUGAACUUGCACUGCUCAGGAGAGAGGCAGAUUUCUUCCAGAUACCCCGUCUGCUGGAGGAGAUUCGUUACUAUGAGGUAUCGGUGCCUCUGGGCCUUAGAGGUGGGCCGUUAGGAGCCAUCAUGAUAGUAAAAGUCGACUCCAAGGUCCGUGUUCUCCAUUUUAACUUGCGCCAUGGGCCUGAAAACUAUGAGCUCCGCACAUGCUCUGUACGAGCGUUCACAGUCGACCUCUUUUGUACCUGGAGGGCAUUUCUAGGUUUGCUUUGUGAGCGCUUCUCCUACAGGACACCCCAGGGUCUCAACAGCCCUCACCUAUGUCAUCCGAGGCAGAACAGACUGAAACUGGAAUGGGUGCCAAAGCCUGAUGAACUCCCACAGGAACAGUAUAAUAAGCAGCAAUACAGGGGGCUAACUUUUUCUAGCCCUGAGGUCACGUGGUCGGAUGACAUGAUGAACAUGCACUACAGUCCCUGUGAAAUCACAGACAUGCAGGGCUUUGUGGAGGAGCUGUUGAAGAUAUCACUUGCUGAGGGGUUCAAGGUUGAUCUAGUCUCUCCUGACCCAGCAGAUAUUCUUAACUGCACUUCACUUCGUCUUGUCAAGUCGUGAGCACUGGAUGAAAGUGACUAGGAAAACCAGAACAUACCAAGAUAAUAAACUAUAGGAUAAGAUGAGAUAGCCUUUAUUAGUCCCAGAGUUACAUUUGAAGCAAUGAAUUCUCUAUGACAUGGAGUUAGAUUUACUGACACAUUAUGACUAGGAGGUCAUUAUCUGUGAUUCUUCUGUUUUGCUAUCAUAGAGUUUACUAAAAAUAAUGCAAAAUGUGCUUUAUUAAUAAAAUGGUAAAUAAAAUGUA